UUGACGUGAUACUGAACGUGGAGACACUCGAGCGAGAUUUCAAACGUUACAAUUGACUUUGUGGGCGUGGAGCGACUGUUGAUCAAAGCAUGUCUUUUAAGAAUCUGAAAGUGGAACGUGUUGAAGGUGAGCUAGCGGCCGCGUUAGCAAAUUGGUAUCCAUCUCAUAAGCGUGGCUUCGUUAAAAUUGGUCAGAAAGAAUGGUUCCUACCGUACAAAUAUGUCGAGGAUGGUGGCGACGUAUACGAAAUUGAAACUCGUCCGGAUGAUACAUGGAUCGUUACCUAUCCUAGAUCAGGUACGACAAUGAUGCAGGAACUCAUAUGGCUGGUGGCGAACGAUCUGAAUUUUGACGAGGCACAUAAAAAAUAUUUACUAGAGAGAUUUCCCUUUAUAGAAAUAGGAGCAAUAUUAGACGAAAAUAUCUCAGUGAGAGAUGUUCCUGGUAGAAUCAAUACGGAGAAAAAUAGUGUCGAAUUCGUGCGGAAUCAGCCUUCACCGCGUUUCAUUAAGAGUCAUAUGCCUCUCGAACUAUUGCCGACCGUCGUAAAUAACACCUGCAAGAUUAUCUACGUUGCAAGAAAUCCAAGAGACAUAGUGAUAUCGUAUUAUUAUUUCCAAAAAGACUUGAUACAUUUCAAAUAUCAAGGAACUUUUGAACAGUUCUGUAAUAAUUUCAUGAAUAAUCAUAUGCAAUGGAGUCCGUAUUGGGAACAUGUGAAGGAAGCGUGGAAGUUGAGACAUAGAGCAAAUAUGAUGUUUCUUUUUUACGAAGAUCUCAUAAAGGAUUUACCUGGCAAUAUAAGAAAAAUCGCUGCAUUUUUCGAUAAGACUUACAGCGAUGAGCAAAUCGCUAAGUUAGUGGAGCAUUUAAAAAUAGAGAAUUUCCGCAAAAAUCCUAUGGUAAAUCAACCGAGUCCCGAUAAUGUGAUGCAAUCGGAAAUAUUUAUACGGCAAGGAAUAACGGGUCGUGGGAAAGAAAUGUUCACGCCGGAGAUCGAAGAGAGAUUUAACCAGUGGAUUACUAACAAUUUAAAGGAUACGGAUUUGACGUUUCCAAGUUAGAUUUGUUACACGAUAUAUAAGCAAAUGCAUUUUAUAAAAAAUUUUGACUCAUCUAAGAUAGAUUUGUUACAUGCAUUUGUUACAUAAUUUAAGCAUUACAAAUUAUACAUAAUUUCUGUUCAAUUAUGUUUUAAAUAAAGAUAACUAAUGAAAGAUAUUUAAAAAAGAAAUUAUAAAGCUGAUUUUGACUUUAUUGUUAAUCGAAAGAUGCGAUUGAUGAAUUUGCAGUUUUAAAUAUUAUUCUUUUCAUUCUAAAUUCAAUCAUCUUUGUAGAAUCUUUAUUUGCUACUGUCUGUCACAAUUUCUUUACAAAAUAUAUAAGCAGCGUUCUUGCUAAAAAAAAAGAAGAAAAUAUCGCAAAAUAAUGCAAAAAAUUUAAGAGAAAAGUUUUAAAGAAACUGUCAUCUCUUGCACAUUAAUGAUGCAUAUAUGUAGGUAUACAGGAUUUCCCAAAAAAAGUAAAAUAUCCUUUUAUUGGCAGAUUCUGGGGAGAAUUCUAAUUGUAAGACGAUAACUCUUAUACCGAAAUAUCGAGGCUAAUGCUUUAAAUGAUUAAAAUUAGUUGAUUGUAGGGUUUAAAAUUUGCGCGCUCAGGUACGGUACAUUGCGUACGCGGUUGCGAAAGGCUCUUGUAUAAAGUCCAUUUACAUAAGCCGCAAACGUAAAAGACAAAUACAAGCACGCGGAGAAAAAA